UGGGAGCGAUCGAGGUUCGGUUUGGCACCGCGCUGCAGUUGGUGCGCGUCUGCUAUAUAUACAGAGCGCAGGUCAGGGCUACCCUCAAGCUGCAGCUGACUGUCUGGCGGACAAGUAAACGAGGCAUUUAACGAAUCCGCAACUUACUGUAGAGGGUAAAGAUUAGUGUUUAAUUCUCAGAUGGAAUACCAGAAAGCGGCAGAGAUGACAGGACAUUGCAACGGGACCGGGAAGCAGAUGGUGACGGAGUUCCACUAUAAAGGUUUUAAUGAACUGAGCCUCGAUCCUAAGAAGACCACCAUACAGCAACGGAAACAACACGAGUCGUCCCGUAAGGCGGCUGAGGAUGAGUCCCGGUUACCGGUUCUUGAAACUGCGUACAGUACCAUUCUGCGGGGGCUUGGGGAGGACACCGACCGACAAGGGCUCUUGAGAACACCUUUGAGAGCUGCCAAGGCCAUGCAGUUCCUUACCAAGGGAUAUCACGAGGACGUCUAUGAUGUCCUGAAUGAUGCCAUUUUUGAUGAAGACCAUGAUGAGAUAGUGAUCGUUAAAGACAUCGACAUGUUCUCUCUCUGUGAACAUCAUCUCGUACCCUUCUAUGGCCGAGUACACAUUGGAUACCUGCCAAACAAGAAGGUGGUCGGACUCAGCAAGUUGGCUAGGAUUGUUGAGAUCUAUAGUCGUCGGCUCCAAGUCCAGGAGCGUCUGACCAAGCAGAUUGCCAUGGCAAUAUCAGAGGCCUUACAGCCUGCUGGAGUGGCUGUGGUUAUAGAGGCGGCCCACAUGUGUAUGGUGAUGCGUGGUGUUCAGAAGAUGAACAGUCGAACAGUGACCAGCUGCAUGUUGGGGGUGUUCAGAGAAGAUCCUAAGACCCGGGAGGAGUUCUUACGGCUUACUCAGAAUGCCUAGCUAACACCUCUGACCUCUUAUGCCAGCCUGACCUCGUACAGAACGUUCUAGGGUUCUUAAUAUUUCUCCACAAACCUCACUGAAGCCUUAUACACACCCAAGGCAAUACAAGCUCUUAAAUAUGUGUGAGUGUGUGUGAAUUUCUGGCAGAGUAAGAGGCUAUAACAUUGGUGCCUUCCGAUUCCUCCACCAGAAACAUUACCAUCUUAAAAUAAGACCUUUACUAACACUAUAGGCACUAGUUAUGACUAGUUAAAUGAGAACAUCACUAUUUUACUCAUUGAUGUGAGAUGGUUCCCUACCGUGAAAGUAGCCUAUAGGUCAUAAAUUGUAAUCCAUGAUUUUCUUUAAACUGUCAGUACACACAUUAGCUAAUUUUAUUUUCUCCUAGCAAAACAUAUAUAGAUGUAAUGGAGCAUGAAAGAAAAUUAAUCUCCAAAGUUUAUUUCCAAAUGUCUUUCUUUGAUUUUUGAUUGUGCCGGCUAAAUUUGGCUAAUGUUUGUCAAGGCUGUUUAAAGAAUGAUCCAUUGUUUAUCGUUUCUCUUGACCCUUAGUAUACUUGGGUGUUACCAUAACACAUUUUGUAAAACAGUUAACUCACCUUUAAAGACUGAGAUCUAUGAAUAUUUGGGGAUCAUGAAGAUACUCUCCCUCUGGCUGGAAACACAUUUUGAACAUUAGUGUUUAUAUCUUUGAAUGCAACUCAAUGAUGUCAUCAAGUAUAGUUUCACUUAAUGGUUUCUAUCUCAGAUUGUAUAUUUUCACACCGGUAUGAUGCUCAAGAUUACUAUGAGGUUGAUGAAUAUGACAUUUAUCAGGUGCUAUACAUUUUUAAAAUUGAUGAUAUCAAAUCAUGUUACUUGUGAUGUUCUUCGUUAAAAACACGUACAGACUAACACUUUUACUUAUCACCCCUUUACACCCAUUGAAUCUUGAAAAAAAAAAUACACGAACCCAGAAUAUAUGCUUGUUUUACUUCAAGGUUUGUAAACAAUGUAAAUGUAAACAAACAUUGUAAACUUUGUUUAAGGGUCCUUGAACCAUUGAAUGGUCACAUUUCUCCUGCCUGGUCACUUGUACCAAAAGUGUCUCUUUGUUAUUGUUUAAUCUGUAUGUUGGCCCUUUAAUCAAAUAUGUAAUUGUAACACUCAAAUUGAAAAGUGUAUUUGAGCUCUGAUUAGCAAAAUCCCACCUCUACAGUUUAUAAGCCAAUACAUAUUCUACUCUAUCAAUAUUUCCUAUAAUUGGUCAAAUGUUUUACUCUAUGUACCAUAAUAAUUUUAUUUUUGUGGAUUGCCAUGAUGUUGUAUGUUCUCUCAAUUAAACAGUAUCAUGACUCUGGUAAA